AUGUAUGAAGAUGCAAGUCAAGUUGCAACUGACGCUGUUGGUAGUAUCAGAACGAUAGCAUCUUUCUGUGCAGAGAAAAGAGUGGUUACAACAUAUAAUAAGAAAUGUGAAGCUUUAAGGAAACAGGGAAUUCAAAGUGGAAUCGUUGGAGGGCUUGGUUUUGGUUUCUCAUUCUUGGUGUUGUAUUUUACGUUUGCUCUAUGCUUCUAUGUUGGUGCGCAGUUUGUACGUCAGGGAAAAACUACUUUUGCAGAUGUUUUCAGAGUUAUCCUUGCCUUGUUUUUUGCAACUUUUGGGGUUUCGAACGCAAGUGCAUUGGCAUCUAAUGCGACAAAAGCAAAAGUUUCAGCCAUUUCUGUUUUCAGUAUUCUAGAUCGGAAGUCAAAAAACGAUACAAGUAGCGAUGAGGGCAUGAUGCUGGAAAAUGUCACCGGCGACAUUGAAUUCAGUAAUGUCAGUUUCAAGUACCCAUCACGCCCUGACGUCCAAAUAUUCAGUGACUUUACUUUGCACAUUCCUUCCAGAAAGACCAUAGCACUAGUUGGAGAGAGUGGUAGUGGAAAGUCCACAAUAAUUUCUUUACUGGAGCGUUUCUAUGAUCCUGAUUCUGGUAGUAUCUCAGUAGAUGGAGUCGAAAUUAAGAGCUUGAGAAUUAGCUGGUUAAGGGACCAGAUGGGGCUGGUAGGCCAGGAGCCAGUGCUUUUCAACGACACAAUCCGUGCAAACAUAACAAAUGGGAAACACGGGGAGGUGACAGAGGAAGAGGUUACAGGUGUGGCCAAGGCAGCAAAUGCUCAUGAGUUUAUAUCAAGCUUGCCACAGGGAUACGACACUCUGGUUGGCGAGAAAGGAGUGCAACUAUCUGGUGGACAGAAGCAGCGGGUAGCCAUCGUAAGGGCCAUUAUAAAGGACCCGAAGAUACUACUGCUUGACGAGGCGACCAGCGCCCUCGACGCGGAAUCGGAGCGCAUCGUUCAAGAUGCAUUGGAUCGAGUCAUGGUGAGCAGGACCACCAUAGUGGUGGCGCACCGCCUCUCCACAAUCAAAGGGGCUGAUGCAAUUGCGGUCCUCAAGGAAGGCAAAAUUGCAGAAAAGGGAAAUCAUGAGGCCCUGGUGCGGAUCAAGGAUGGAGUCUAUGCUUCGCUAGCAAUACAGUGA